UCUCCUUCUCUCAUUUUCCGGCUAAGAAUGGCGGCUGUAUCGAACGUCUCGCCUUCAUCUCUUUCCUCUAAAACCCUAUUCCAUUCCCAACCCCUCCGCCGCUCUCCCAACCCCACUCUCCCUCCUCCGCCCCAGCGCCGCCGCCCCAUCUCCGCCGUGCAGGCGCCUACGGCGCCGGUGGCGGCGAAAGCCGGGAAGUGGAGCCUGGAGAGCUGGAAGAGCAAGAAGGCGCUGCAGUUGCCGGAGUACCCGGAUGCGGGCAAGGUGGAGAGCGUGCUCCGGACGCUGGAAUCAAAUCCCCCGCUGGUGUUCGCCGGCGAGGCGAGGAGCUUAGAGGAGAAGCUGGGGGAGGCUGCGUUUGGCAGAGCUUUCCUCUUGCAAGGUGGGGAUUGCGCGGAGAGCUUCAAGGAGUUCAAUGCCGUCAAUAUACGUGAUACUUUCAGGGUCCUUCUUCAAAUGGGCGUUGUUCUUAUGUUUGGCGGUCAGAUGCCUGUCAUCAAGGUGGGGAGAAUGGCGGGUCAGUUCGCGAAACCAAGAUCGGGUCCGUUUGAAGAGAAGGAUGGAGUGAAGCUGCCGAUUUACAAGGGAGACGUUAUCAAUGGCGAUUCAUUUGAUGAGAAAUCAAGAACUGCAGCAGACCCUCAGAGGAUGAUAAGGGCCUACAUGCAAUCUGCUGCCACCCUUAACCUUCUUAGGUCCUUCGCUACUGGAGGUUAUGCAGCAAUGCAGAGGGUCUCUGGAUGGAAUCUUGAUUUUGUGGAGCACAGUAAGCAGGGAGAUAGGUAUGAAGAACUAGCUCACCGAGUUGAUGAAGCCUUGGGGUUCAUGUCUGCAGCAGGGCUGACUCCGGACCACCCUGUCAUGGCAUCCACGGAUUUCUGGACAUCCCACGAGUGCUUGCUGCUACCUUACGAGCAAACGCUUACGAGACUGGACUCAACUUCUGGUCAGUACUACGACUGCUCUGCUCACAUGGUUUGGGUUGGGGAGCGUACGCGGCAGCUAGAUGGCGCUCACGUAGAGUUUUUGAGAGGAGUUGCUAAUCCGCUGGGCAUAAAGGUUAGCCAAAAGAUGGACCCGAAUGAGCUGGUUAAUCUGAUUGAGAUCCUCAAUCCGAAUAACAGGCCUGGAAGAAACCGAAGAAUCACGGUGAUAGCGAGAAUGGGUGCGGAGAACAUGAGAGUGAAGCUUCCACUUCUUAUCAACGCUACUCGCAGAGCGGGGCAGAUCGUGACUUGGGUGUGUGACCCAAUGCAUGGGAACACCAUCAAGGCGCCAUGCGGACUCAAAACACGCCCUUUUGAUGCAAUAUUGGCUGAGGUCCGAGCUUUCUUUGAUGUACACGACCAAGAAGGGAGCCAUGCGGGAGGCAUUCAUCUGGAAAUGACAGGCCAAAAUGUGACAGAGUGCAUCGGUGGUUCACGAACUGUGACUUUCGAUGAUUUGAGCUCUCGCUACCACACCCAUUGGGAUCCAAGACUCAAUGCAUCUCAGUCCCUCGAGCUUUCCUUCAUUGUAGCUGAGCGCCUAAGGAAGAAGAGGAUGCUUUCUCAAGGCUUAUAACACAACUCCCUCAUCUUCUGCCCAGUAACCAAAUGAUAUGAAUAAAUAUGCCAUUUGCAGAUCAAGGAAAAGCAAAGUUUAUCUUCUUACCAGGAGGGUCCUGGUUACUGGGUAGUCACUGGUGUAUCUCUGAUCAAGUGUGUUUUCUUUUUGAAGAGUGAGCGGGUGUAGGCCUAAGCAUCGGACGGGUUCGGGCUAUUCGGAUUUUGGAACCCUCCACCAGUUCGAUUUUCAGAUAACCUAAAUUAUCUCAUAUCUGAUUAUUUUAAACAGCUCAAAUCGUAGGAUUUUAUGUAUUCGGAUUAGGGUAGGUUUGAAUCGAAUUGCGAGUUUUAUCA